CUGAACAUGAAUAAAUGACAUUGGCACUUUGAAGGACAGGCGUUUAGAUGUACUUAAACUCCAUCCAUUGUAUGUUGCAUCAGAUUAAAGUUUUAAAGGAGAGUUUUUCUUUGACUGAAAUUGAGUGAUAGUUUCAGCACACUGCUGUGCCUUUCAUUUAAAGAUGUCACCCAAUGACAGUUACUUAAUGCCAUGUUCAUUUUAUAUUAACAGUCAGCAAAAGAAAAAGAAACUCUGGUCGAAGAAAUCACCACUGCAGACAUUUUUAAAUAAAUGCAGAGGCUCGAAAUAACUAAUCUUUCUCAAGCGGCCCAAAAAAAAUAUAGAAAAAACUUCAUAAGUGUUAAAAAUGCCAGUUUAUCGUAACUGCUGUUAGCCGUUAAAUCCCUCUUUUGGAUUAAUAAUGUGAUUAUUUUGUUUAAUCGUUUCUCCCAUCAAUGUCUAUGGAAAGCGCCCGGUUCAUAAUAUUAACUUGCACUAAUUGUAACGUAAACGCGACCUCAACAUGCAAGCCAGACUCAAAAACAGCCCCACUCUAAUAUUGUGACGUAUUUCCUGGACGAAGAAGCAGUCAGGUGAAGCCGUUCCGAGUGUCGCUUCUUUCGGGAGAUGGGACCCAAUGUAGGUGGACCGCUUUCUUCCUCGGGACUUGACUGAAGCACCACAAUGGACCAGCUCUGAUGUGCGGCGACUUCUCUCAAGUUUCUUGGGGGCCACUGUUCUACUUUACCAUCACAAGGGAGUGCAGCUCCUACUUGCCUGUGGCGCAGUCAAAGACCAACGGAUACACUGUCCUGUGUUCUACUUUUCAUGGAUACCCGGGAGACUGUGCUGCACAUAUGGACAGUCCUUGUCCUGACAGCAGAACUAAACUGGAUUGAUACUGCAGAGGUCUAUACCAAUGCUUGGGCUGUCCAGAUUAAUGGGGGCCCUGAGGAGGCAGACCGAAUUGCAAAGGAACACGGUUUCACCAACCAUGGCAAUGUUUUUGGAGAUUAUUAUCACUUCAGACAUCAUGCUGUGGAGAAGAGAGCUUUUUCCCGACACAAGGGCCUGCACAUCAGAUUGGAGUCUGAUUCACAAGUUCUAUGGGUAGAGCAGCAAGUGGUGAAAAAGAGGAAGAGGAGGGAUGUCUUGGAAGAACCAACAGACCCUGAAUUCCCCAAACAGUGGUACCUGUCAACUCUCACUCACCAAGACCUAAAUACCAAAGUAGCUUGGGCUCAAGGCUACACUGGAAAAGGUAUUGUGGUGACUAUCCUGGAUGACGGCAUUGAAAAAGACCACCCUGAUCUCAUCAGCAAUUAUGAUCCCAAGGCCAGCUAUGAUGUCAAUGAUGGAGACGCUGACCCCCAACCAAGAUACACUCAGCGUAAUGAGAACAGACACGGAACUCGAUGUGCAGGAGAGGUUGCAGCUGCAGCGAACAAUGGUGUAUGCGGCGUUGGUGUGGCUUAUAAUGCUAAAGUUGGAGGAGUCCGUAUGUUGGAUGGGGAGGUGACAGAUGUGGUGGAGGCUCACUCGCUUGGUCUAAAUCCUCAGUACAUCCACAUAUAUAGUGCCAGCUGGGGCCCAGAAGAUGAUGGCAAAUCACUGGAUGGUCCUGCUAAGCUGGCCAAGGAGGCUUUCCAGCAGGGAAUCACAAAGGGACGUGGCGGGCUAGGCUCCAUUUUUGUGUGGGCCUCAGGAAAUGGUGGCAGAGAGCAGGACAACUGUAAUUGUGAUGGCUACACCAACAGCAUCUACACAUUGUCCAUCAGCAGCACCACACAAUCUGGAAAUGUGCCAUGGUACAGUGAGCCUUGCUCUUCCACUCUUGCAACCACCUUCAGCUCUGGAAACCCUGGGGAAAAACAGAUAGUGACAACAGACCUCAGGCAAAAGUGCACUGAUUCACACACCGGAACGUCUGCUUCAGCGCCACUAGCUGCUGGGAUCAUUGCUCUGGCACUGGAGGCCAACAUGAAUCUGACCUGGAGGGACAUGCAGCACCUCGUGGUGAGAACGGCCCGACCGAAAAAUCUCAGUGCUGGAGACUGGAAGACCAAUGGAGUUGGACGCAGAGUGAGUCACUCGUACGGAUAUGGGAUCCUCGAUGCUGGAGCAAUGGUAGCUUUGGCGCAAAACUGGACCAAAGUAGGGCCACAACGCCAGUGUGUUCACACCAUGCUCGCAGAACCAAGAGACAUCGGGAGCCGGCUGGUGUUUAGUAAGAACGUUGAUGCCUGCUGGGGACGGCCCGACUACAUCAGCUCUCUGGAGCACGUUCAGGCUCAUCUCACUCUUGUUCACAACCAGAGAGGCAAACUGGCUAUUCAUCUCGUCAGUCCAUUGGGCACACGCUCUACCCUCUUGUUUCCCAGACCGAAUGACUUCUCCACCGAGGGAUUCAACGAGUGGGCCUUCAUGACCACCCACUCGUGGGAUGAGGAUCCUCAAGGCGAAUGGACUUUGGAAAUUGAAAAUGUUGGAGCUAACAGCCGCGACUAUGGAGUGCUGAGUCAAUUCAAGCUGACUCUUUGGGGGACAGGAUCCAGUGUGGUCAGCCCCUUGUCGUCAGACUUCCCUCGGCCCUCCAACAACAGCUGCAAGACAUUUGAUGCCCAGCAGAUCUGCAUCGAAUGCAGCCCAGGCUUCUCCCUCUUCCUCCAAGGGUGCGUCAAGUUGUGUCCUCCCGGUUUUACAUCGGGGCCGCAGCUCCUCAAUCUCUCUCUGGAGAACUGGGUGGACCUAUCUUCAGUACAAGCCUGCCUGCCCUGCCACCCCAGCUGUCUCACCUGCUUCGCCACGGGGUACAUGGACUGUCUGUCCUGCCCCCCUCACAGCCACCUGGUCCUCACCUCCUGCCUGCACCAGAACCAGGUCCAGCGCAAAUCUCCUGCAGCAGCAGAUGACAAUAAAAGGGGAGGAGGCGGUGACCAUCCUGACCCCGGUUCGCCUUCUCAGCUUCCUGCUGUUUUGGCCAUUCUCGGUUGUGCCUUUAUCCUGACGGCCUUUGCUGGGGUUUUCCUCACACUGCAGCUACGUUCGGGGGUAGCCUCUUCUGGCCGCAGGACCAAACUCCUCUCCGCGUACGCCGACAGGCGUGUGGGCUUCAGUUUCGGCUUGGGUCGUGGACAAACGAGGAGGGCUCGUAUAUGCUACAAGGGGAUCCCCGCUGUGUGGAGGGGUGAGGACGUGACUGCCUAUGAGUCUGAAUCAGACAGUGAGGAAGUUGACGAUCGUGGGGAAAGGACAGCUUUCAUCAAGACGCAAAGUGUCAUCUAGCCAAUGCCUGUUUUUGUGAUGGACUCUCUGGUACCAAGGUACUGGGGUCCUCGGUUUACGAGGAAGUUUCUAUGGAAUGUGUCUCACUGAACUGGUUAGUUGUAUGGAAAACACUUCAAGGCCAUAAAUACAGGUUGUUCUGUAACAUUUGACAUCAUUUCAUCAUCAGUGCCCCCUGCUCACCUACCAUCGUAAUAGGGAUAAGUGGGACAUAAAAUUGAUGAAUAGAGUAACUAUAUCCCAAGAAAUUUGAUUAAAUGAUAGUCUUCAUGUUGAAACCCAAAAGAUCUAUUCAUGAAAAUGACAACAAUGUACUGAAAUUGAGAUUUCUAUAACUGAUAUCACAAAGCAUCAUCAAUGCUUCACGUGUGUAAACAUACUUGUGACGUGACACAUUUUCUUCUGUUUUCCCCUUUGGAAUGUUUGUGCUCUGUCCAUAUCUGUUUUUCCGUUGGUGCAUUUUCAUUGAACUUCCUGCUUGACUGCAUUUGAGCAUUUUCCAUCACACAAAUUGGCUUUUCAUUGAUAGUGAAUGACAUUUUUCAUCUUUGAGAAAAGGUAAGCUAAUUUAUGGUUAAGAUAAUUUUUAUGCCAAAUCUUGGCCCGAAAUAAUUAGAGCGAGGAUUGGCUCUAUUUGAAAUCAAUUUUAAAAAACUAGAAACACCCUGUAUGACUCAAGUGGCAACUGGCCAUGCUUUCUUGUAUCAUGUGACAAAGGAUUUUGAUGCCACUGCGGAACUUGUUCGUAACAUUUAAAAUGUUGUCAGGAAUGAAAGACCCCCUGCAACUGUUCUGACCCCAACCCAAUAGCAAACACAUUAUUGGAUACGAUUUUUACCUUGGGGAAAAAAAUGUAGGGUUAUUGUCCCAUCAAAUGCAACAGUUUUUUUGAUUAUUACCAUUUGUUAAUUUAUUGCUGUACUUGUUUAAUUAUGAAAUCAUCUAUUGAUAUAAUAAUACAGUGGAUUAUGCAGAUGAGUGACCACGGACCUUUUCGACUGCCUAUCUUCAGCUCCGCCUCCCUUAGCUACAGUUGCCGUGCCCCUCAAUCUUCCAAAAUGGUGACUGAACAUAACAGGUUUGAACAGGAUUCUCUAUUGUGUAUUCCAGAUAAUAUUGAGGUAUAUUUUUUGCCAAAUGCAUCAGACUUGUCCAAGAGAGUUCUUCAGAGAGGUCUCAACUAUUUCACACAAGGAUAUGUACACGGAAUGAAGAUUUUGGAUGGAGCAGGACGCAAUGUCAGAGUUACAGCAAAAUGUUAGCGAUCGAUGCAAAAAAGUUUGAUGCCUCAAAAACUUCGUAUUGAAAUCCAACAGGAUAAAAUAGUGGAAUCGUACUGUGCAUGUAAAGCAGGGUGACUACUUUUUACUUGGAAAGAUCACAAGUAAUAUCACUGUAGUCUUAAUAAGUGAGUGGGUGUAUUCAUUUGACUUGGCUCGUAAUGGAACCCUGUGCUCUGUCUUAAAAGUCCGAUGCGAUACAAAUAGGCAAAUGACAUUUCCCUUGCAUGACAUGGCGCAUUUACAUAUCCCUAACGUGACUCUUCGCACAUUACAAACAUUACACACUUCAUUCAGCAGGUCAGUGAUACACUAAUAAAGUGAAAGUUGUUCUCAUACAAUGUAUAAAGCACUGAUAAUAAUUCAAUCAAACUCAAAGAUAUUUCUCCCUCACUUACCUUCAAACCUGCAGCCUUGUGUUUGUUGAUAUUGUCCACAUUUAGUUGUACGCGCACGCUUCCGCGAGCCUUAAUCCAUUCGAGACACUUCCUCAACUGUGUUUUAGGCUUUGGAAAAUGAAUCAUCCGGGCCCCGUGUCACCUAGCAGGAUAUCUUUCAUCAGAAUUGCACGUUCCCCAAGCGCAUCUGAGGACCAUUUUCUUUAUAACAUUAAUUUUUCCAAGCGCACGCUACUGACAACCAGCAUUGCUUGUGGGACAAUAGGGCGAGAGGGGCAUGUCAAGCCAGGGGUUAAGACAAUGCGGGUAUCUGAUUGGCUAUUGUUGUACGAGUGAUUGACAGGUCGGAAAGGUCCAUUCUCUCGCUAGCCCAAACAUGUCAAACUCAUGACUUGCGGACUAGACUUGAUCAUCAGACUAUACUUCGCUCAUUUUUUUGUAGCGUGUGAAAGCUUUCCACAAUUUUCCUUCACUUUAAAGGGAAGAUGAGAUGGCUUCCUAAAAAAGAAUUAGGGAUAUAUAUUUUUUCUUUUUUUAAACAAUUCGCAUGAUAUCAGACGCAUGGCUAUUCAUUCGCCAAGUCUGACAGUAACUAAAUCACUGUCAGGGCAUUCAAAAAGGGACCUCAAAAUGUGGCUGCCGUGUUGUGACGUCAGCAAUUGAACACUUUCGCCAGAAACCAACCAGAGGAGACCCAACCAUGAAGCAUACGAGAUGGAUUACAGUAGUGAAGGUGCAGUUGAAGUUGUUAGAAUCAGCGAUGAGUCUGAUGGUGAAGAUAUUGCCCAAUAACUUUGGUUGUUGUAGUUGAAAUUAAUAUAAUUCAAAGAAUGAUUUUAGAAGACAAUCAUUCUUUUUUUAGAUGCUUUUGUACAAACUGUGAACCAAUGGCACUUGUAGUCGAGCUGGCGUCUGGUGUAUAAUAUAGCGUAAUUUCUCAUGUAUGAUGGCCACCCAUGUAUAAUAUACAGCCCCAAUGCUUACCUCAACAUUCUGGAAAACAUUUUUACAAUGCAUGAGUUUGCUGCUAUGCAUACGAUCAAAACGAUUUAGUUAUCUGUAUUUUUUUUAUAUUUUUUUCCAAAUAAUUUUUGUGACGUCAACCACGUACUUUGAACACACUUAAUACUUUAUAUUUACAUGCUCUUAUUUUGAAAGUCACACACCCACUUUUAUUUCUUAAAUGAGAAUGUUCACAGUUGUUUUGAAAUGUUUGACUACCCAGGCACAAUUUGUAAAAUGAAUAAAAUUCUUGAAAGAAAACAAGAAAGGCCAGCCAACACACAUGAACUGAUCAUUUUAAUUUCAUGGGAUUCAAAUUCAACUCUCAACCAUUUCAGAAAAGCAUUAUCAUUAAACAAAACAUAACAACCCAUCUGUCCAUCCAUUUUCUGACCUGCUUAUCCUCACAAGGGUCACGGGAGUGGUGGAGCCUACCACAGGUAUCUCCAGGCAGGAGGCAGGGUACACCCUGAACUUGUUGCCAGCCAAUCACAGAGCACAUGGAGACAAACAGCCGCACUCACAAUCACACCUCCAAUCUCUCCAAUUCAAGUCUCCAAUUCAUGCAUGUUUUUGUGAAAGGAAACCAGAGUGCCUGGAGAACACCCAGACAGGCACUGGGAUAACAUGCAAACUCCACACAAGCAGAGUCUGGAUUUGAACCCUGGUCCUCAGAACUGUGAGGCCCAUGCUCUAACCAGUUUUUGUCACCAUACCACCCAAAAUUAGUUAUGGUUGUUGGUCAGUCGUCAUUUGUUUUUUAAAAAAAUAUUUAUAUAUUUUAAGUUUUGGUUAAGUAAAAUUUAUGAGCACAACUGCACAUACUGUCAUAAUGGGAUGAACGUGUAGCCUAGACAUUUUCAUAACCACAAGGUGGUGGUGACAUAUUAGAAUGAAAGCGUCCGCCUUUUGUAUAAUGUCCUUUUCGACAAUUUUUUGGGGGUUGGGGGAUGUGCAUUACACAUGAGAAAUUACUGCAGGGUGUCCCAUAAACCAUUUUUAUUUGUAUGAUAUUCUCUAUUGCUUCUAUAAUAUAUUGACUGUACAUCUUUGACCAAUUCUUGCUUGGUCCAAAACACUUUUUGUUGUUUUUUUUUUAACUUGACAAUAGGUUUUGUCACCGUGUUGUGUGAGCUACUCGUCCCAUGUUUUCUGUUAAAUGGGCUUGCAACCAUACGACUGCUUGUUGAACUGGCCAUCAGGAUGAUUUUGAUUUGUUUCACUUGUCUUGUGUAGCUUGGACUUGUCUUCUCCAUUCCCACUCAAAUCGAGUGUCCUUUUGGGAAUUCAAACACGCUAACACGCUCCAGUCACAUUGGAACAUUCUGCAGCCUCACAUUGUUUCAGAAUCUUAACUUGUCUGGAAUACAUGUACUCGCUUUGCGAAACUAUUUUCUACUGCAUGAAAUGGUACACAAACCUGUCAUCUACUGAGAUCUAACCAGCAGAAUACCACAUCAUCAUUUAGGCUGGCCAAAAGGGACAAACAUUUGACUAAUUCAAUGAAAUUCUGUUUGAUGAUUCUGGUCAUUUACAGUAUAUAGUUAGUUAUAGUUAGUGACAGAUGUAUAUUUCAGCCAAUACUUCAGAUCUCCCCUUAAAAUCACUCAACGAAGAUGUUCAAAUGCAGGGGCUAUGAUGUAAUAUAAUGUAGUGAUUAUUAAUAAUAACACAGAACAUAUUAGGUAAGUUCCAAAAAGUAAAACGGUCUCACGCUCUAGCCAAAUGAUUAGUUUUUACCAAACAGUGCAGCUCGUCUUCUGGCUUGCUGACGUCACGGCUGUUUCCUAUUAAAUGGAUUCUAAUCUGUUUUUGUUUAAAUGAAAGAUAAGCAUGUUUUUGUGAGUUGUUUUUAUUUUUAUUUUUUUUAAAUUCAUUUUGUUCCCUUCCUGUCACAAUGUGAACUCACCCAUGACCUCAGAACCAAUAUGUGUACAUACACACCGUGAUUUUUGGUGUACUGUAAUAUUGUUACCUGCUUUCUGAUGGAAACAGGUUGGAUCCUCCUGAUUCACAAGUGUCACAAAAUAUUCAGUACAUCCACAUUUGCCUAGUCACAGAAUUAGAUAUAUAUAAUUAGAGCUGUGACAACAUCUUAGCUGCCAACUGUCAUAAAUUUCUUGUUGGGUAAUGACAAUUGUUUUCUUAUUCUGUUGUGGCCUUGACUAUCUCUCAAGAUGUCCCCCCCAUCCCCAAUUAUAGAAAACAGCGACCUGGAAACAAAGCGGUCUUUAACGGGGGCUAAAACGGGGUUAGGUGUGAGUAUACAAAAACAUUUUCUCUAUGUUGGCUGACGAUGAAAGUGAUUUAUUACAGAGAUAUUUUUGCUCUGUUUUCCAGCCUGAGGGUACAUGGGUUUAUUCCCACAUCUCCGUGAAGGAGAGGCUUCCUCCUCCUGGAGUAAACAUUACACCUUGUUUCUCGUGAUGAUUGCCUUGUAUAACAGCUGUAUUAGGACUAUCGGGCCCCGCACUUUAAAAAAAAAACAAAAAAAAAAAAAACACAAGAAUUAAAUCACAGUUAAAAUAAUUGAUUUAUCCAUUCAUUUUGUAUAUUACCUAUUGUCACCUGGGUCACGAUUGCUCUGGGGGCUACCCCAGAUGAUUUUGACCCGCCUCUACACCCUAAACUGGUCAUCACCCUCACACCUGUAGACGAUUUCGUUUUGAAUUAAACAAACAUGGAUGUUUUUAAACUUGGGUGGAAGCCACAGCACACGGAGAAGACCCACAAACAGGUAGUACGAGCAAACGCCGCACAGGAUAGCCUCAACGGGGAUUCAAACCUGUGCUGCGAGGCUGAGAAAUGAAAACCACUAGGCAGCCCCUCACAUUGAAUCUUAAAUUUAAAACUUCAUUUAUGUUAGUCUUUGGCUUUACUGGAAUAUUGUGUAUAUACAUGUGUGUGUGUGAGAGAGGUUUUUUUUUUUUGUUUUGUUUUUUUAAAUCAGUUGAGCCCUAACGCCUUUGUACAGUGGAGACUCUUCACAUUAAGUAAAACGCCACGGGCAGGACAGAUUCCACGGCAGUGUAAUCAGAACACAUUGCUUUAAAUAAAAUUGUGUAUUUCAUGUUUAUGAGUUUUUUAUUUUUUUUUCCAUUUUACUUGCAGUGGAUAAUGUUUUUUUUUUUGCUUGAAUAAAAUGGCAUUGGUGUUUGCAGAGAUCAGUCUGUCUUUCCUCUACACACAAACAGACACACACGCACACACACAGCACUGGUAAUUAUUGUAUUCCUUUCCAACCAAGCAGAUGGCUGUUAACUUCUCCA